CUAAAGAAGUAGAUGAUUCUUUAGAAAAAGAAUCACUUAGUAUUGUGGAUAAUAUAUUAGAAAAUGAUCUUCAAAAAAUGCAAAAAAAACGAAAGCAAUCAACAGUAAAGGAAAUAAUUAAUCCUAUAUUUGAAAACGAUUCUCAAUUGAAUAAAAAUAAUACAGAAAUAGUAAAGAAAACUGAAUAUUUUGUUCCUUUUAUUAAUAGUGAUGAUAAUGAAACAAAAGAAAUAGAUAAGACAAAAAAAAAGAAAAAGAAAACACAUGAUAUUAAUAUACAAAUGAAAGAAGAAAUAAUUAUUGAAGAUAUUCAAAAUAAAUCGAAAAAUCUUGAUGAAGGAAUACACAAUGAAGUAAAUAAAAAAAAGAAAAAAAAAAAUACACUUGAAAACAUUUCAGAUUCAUUAAAUGUAAAUAAAGAAAAUAAUAUAACAAAGAAAGAAGAGCAAGUGUCAGACAUUUUACCGAAAAAUAAUAUUUUAAAUGUGCAAUUAUCUAAGAAUAAGAAUAAGAAAAAAAAAACACAUGAUACUGAUGUACAAAUAAAAGAACAAAUAUUUAAAGAUAUUGAAGUAAAAUCAAAAAAUCUUGAUAAAGAAAUAAGAAAAAAGAAAAAAAAAAUUAGAAUAGAAAAUAUUUCUAAUCAUAAUUUAUCAAAUAUAGAUAAAGACAUUAAUAUAGUAAAUGAAAAGGAGGAAUAUAUUCUGUCAAAUAAUAAUAUUUCAAAUGAAUUGUUAUCUGAAGAAAAGAAAAGAAAACAAAAGAAGUUAUUAAAAGAAGUUGCUUUACAAGACAAAGAAGAAUUAUUUGAAAAAAUACCACAAAAAAAACAAAAAUUAUUAUUAAAAAAUACUUCAAUGUCUAAUACAAUACAAAAACGAAAGCAAUCAGAAACUUAUGAAUCCAAACCUAGUAAAAAAAGAAAGAUAUUUGUAGAACAGGAUUUUAGUUUACCAAGUAAUUCUGGAAGUACUACUGAUUUUGAUGUCAUUGAUAUACAAAAGAUUAGAAACAAAAAAAAUAUUUCAUUUCGAGAUAGAAUGCUUGCUAGAAAUUCAAGACAAUCUGUGUCUAUUUACAUGAAAUAUUUAAAAAAACAGAAAAUGAAAUCUUCUGUUAAUAAUUUUAUGUUUCAUUAAAUUUAUUAUAUCAUUCUUUAGCUGUAGUAAUGAUAUAAUUAAAAAUUUGAAAAAAUCAUUGUCAUUUUUAUUCAUAAAAUAUUGUAAAUGCAUUGUAAGAUUAUUUUCAAUUUGACAUUUUGACGUGAAUUUUUUAUGCACUUUUUAAUUAUAUAUAGCAUUUAGAAUAUUU